AUGGAUAACAUUGACCGAGAUUACAUUGUAAAUGUGGCUAAACAACAUAAAACCUUCAAGGAAAUUAGCGAGUUUUUGAAAGCGACAAAUCCUGGUGUUCGUGGAUUUUCUGAACGUUCGGUUAAACGUUACUGUUCGAAACAUGACAUCCGCCUACGUAUAAACCAACAAAAAAUAGAGAACAUCGUGGCUUCAGCUGUUAAAGAAGUUGGUCCUACAUACGGUCGCAAAAUGAUGACUGGUUACAUUAAGCAAAAACACGGUUUCAAUGUCAGUCAAAAAAGAAUUGGAAAGGCCCUGUCAACUGUUUCGCCAGCAUAUCACGCAAGACGUCAAACAGAUACCGCAAGAUCUGUUAAUCCUAUCCCUUACAGGGCUGACUAUUUUGGUCACAAACUUCAUAUAGACCAAAACGAAAAAUUAGUAAUGUACGGUACAACGCAUGUCGUAGCAUUGGACGGUCACAGUCGCUUUGUUGUUGCUGCUGCUACAAUGCCAGUCAAAAGCAACCCCGUGAUAUAUUCGCAUAUAUACAGAAAGGUAUUGACCACAUAUUGCAUGUUUGACCAAGUUCGGGUGGACCACGGGAGAGAAUUUUUUCUCAUGCUGGGGAUGCAGGAGUAUCUGGCAAAUAUUCGUGGUGACCAAUUAAGUUUACCUUAUCAACAAACAGAAUCGAAAAGGAAUCUACCAAUUGAAAGAUUUUGGGUUGAAGUUAAUGGUCGAGUUAAUUAUCCAAUCAAAUCAAUACUAGUCGACAUGGACAAUUCAUUGAUUAUAGACAUGAAUAACAAUAUUCAUAAGUUCUGCGUUUCUUUUGUCACCUGCAAAGCUGCAAACUUUGGGCUGCAAACAUUGGUAAGAGCCUGGAACUGUCACCCAAUACCUGGUAGAGGAGUUCCAUUGAAUAUUAAAGAGAUGACAACUCGAUAUCCUCCAGUGCAGCAGAGUAAUGUCCCAGACACCGCAACAGCUAUGCAAAUAUACAACCAAACAUAUCAAGGACGGAUUUCUGAGCCUAACCAAUUCGGUGACGAUCCCUUAAAAGACCAUCCACAGUUUUUAGCUAAUCGAAACAGAGAGUUUAAUGAAAUCUGUAAUAUUGAACAAAUUUAUAACGAUGUUGUGAACGAAAAUGAUAGAUCGUUUCGACAUGCCGUACAUUGUUUUAUUGAUAUCACUGAAAGAUACAACGCUCUUUUGUAA